UUUGCAGUGUUGGGAAGAUGUGUAUUUGCACCACUAGCUAUAUAUGUUUUUCUUUUUCACAAAUUAUAUCAAUUGAUAUCAUCAGUCGAUAUCGUGGAGAAAUUUUUGAGGAAUCAACAAACUCUUGUACCAACUAGGUAUUCAUACACUGACAUCAUCGCAAUGACCGGCCACUUUAAAGAAAAACUAGGCCAGGGAGGAUUUGGUUCUGUUUUCAAAGGUAGACUUCUUUGGGACCGACUUGUUGCUAUCAAGAUGUUGACAAAUUCCAAGUACAACACAGGUGAAGAUUUCAUCAAUGAAGUUUCGACUAUUGGCAGGAUUCACCAUAUAAAUGUGGUGAAACUAAUUGGUUUUUGUUCGGAUGGAAUGCAAAGAGCUUUGGUGUAUGAGUACAUGCCUAAUGGUUCACUUGAUAAGUUUAUCUUCUCAUCAAACAAGGGCCCCAAUCAUAAAUUCUCUUUAGACAAACUAACUGAUAUUGCAUUGGGAGUUGCUCGAGGACUUGAUUAUUUACACAAAGGAUGUGAUAUGCAAAUUCUGUAUUUUGACAUCAAGCCACAUAACAUUCUUUUAGACCAUAACUUCAAUCCAAAACUUUCUGAUUUCGGCCUUGCAAAACUAUAUCCAAAAAACAAUAGCUGGGUAUCACUCAGUGUUGCAAGAGGAACCAUAGGAUAUAUUGCUCCGGAGCUGAUAUCGAGAAGUUUUGGUGUUAUUUCUCACAAGUGUGAUGUUUAUAGUUUUGGUAUGUUACUCUUAGAGAUGGCAGGUGGGAGAAGGAAUUCAGAUCCAAGAGCAGAAAAUACAAGUCAAGUUUAUUAUCCUUUAUGGAUUUAUGACAAACUUAUUAAUAAUACAAUUGAGCAUGAUACAGUACAAAUGGAUUUACGUAUUGCGAUUAAUGAAAAAGAGAAGAAGUUAUGCAUGAUAGGCUUGUGGUGCAUACAAAUAAGGCCAUUAGAUCGACCUUCCAUGAGCAAAGUGAUAGAGAUGUUAGAAGGUGAUGUUAGUAGCUUACAGAUGCCACCUAAGCCAUUUUUUUCAGAACUGACUCAAAUAACUCCAGUGGUGUCAUACUUGAAAACUGAUAGUGGAGAAAUAACUAUGAUCUCUGAUGCUGCUGAUGAGAUAAAUUAA